UCUUUUGUUAACCCAGCAUGUUAAAAAUACAUGGUUAAAACGGCGAGCUAGCGUUAGCAAGUGGUUAGUUAGCCGACGCUAUGUGUCAUGUUUAGGUAUUAAAGAUAGGUUUGCUGCAUGAUAUCUAUUGUCUGCCCGUUGUUUACAGUAACGUGGUUUAAGGGUAACGCUAAGUGAUGCUAACGGUUCACCACGGUGCUCAUUCUCACGGCUAAAACCAUGUUAGCUGCUCGGUCUUUGUUGUCGACUGGCUGCAGCUGAGAGCAAUACCAAAGCGCAUGCAAGAGGGAACCACAGCUAGCAUGAUGCUGCUCCAGCAUGGGUCAACACAGCUGCUCUGCCUCACAGCCAGCAGUGGGGUCCCUCUCUUCACAAGAGGGGCCUCCAAACAGCUCCCCUUCUCUGUCAUCGGCUCCCUGAACGGUGUCCACAUGUUUGGAGGUGGUCAGGGAGUAGUGUUGUCCAGCUGUGAGACUGAAGGUGGGGGUAAAGUGGUGUGGAGAGUCUUCCAGGACAGUGUGAUGCUCAUCGCUGUGAGUGGACCAGGUGGCAGCAGCAAAGAGGAGGAGAUGUAUUUACAGCGCCUCCUGGAGAAUGUGUGGAGCUGCAUGGUGCUGGUGUUGGGACAAGAUGAGCUGACCAAUGUUAGAAACGUUGAGAGGCUGAAGAGGGACUUGCGGUCCUGCUUCAGCCUCAUUGAUCAGCUGUUGGAGGAGAAGCAAGAGGGCAUCCUGGGUAACCUGACCCACUGUGCGGACUCACUUCUGCCUCCAAACCCUGCUUUGCUUCGGGAGGCUGUUGAUGGCUUUGCUCAGGCUGCAGACAGUGAAUUUGGCUGCCUCAUUGUCCAUGGGCGAAUAGCAGCAGCCACUGAGAAGUGGUGGCGCCUUGCACCUCAAGAGGUUGUGCUGCUUUCUGCUUUGAUGCGAUCCCUCUCCGCUUCUGGAUCAGUCUCUUGUGAUUACCCAGUUUUCCUUCCUCAGGGCAGCCCCACUGUGGCCCACCGCCUACUUCGCUUCCAGCUGCUACCUGGGGCAGAUGUGUGUGUGCUGUGUGGCCCAACACCAUCCCUGCAUAAAGCUGAAAGUGGACUGGUGGUUCGUUUCUGGACACCCCUGGUGGAGACCCUGAGAGACUGUCUGGGCGUUGGAGAGCGCUGCUUACCAGGAUCUGUAACCCUGCGUCCUGAUGUGCUGGCACUUCUGCUCAUCAACCGUGAAACACGUCGCUCAGUUUCCUGUGUGCGGACUUCCACUAAUCAUCCACCUGGUGACCCCCCUUUACCCUCCAAGGCCCGCUGCUGGGAGCUACUAAAGCUCUUCUACAUCUUCAGCAUGACACGCUACUUUAACCAGGAGGAGACUUUGUGUGUCUCCCCAGAGGAGCGGGCCCAGAGAGGACACACUGAAGACUUUGUCCUUGGUUUCUCCCACCAACCACUGCAGUUCUAUCUAGUUACAGAGGAGUGCAAAAGCUUCGGACUUCAGACACCGCAGCACCAGCUCUUCCUGCUCAUCCCACUGUCGGUGCCCACCUUUGCGCUGCGUACGGUGGCUACACAGACUCUCUCUGAUAUAGUUACAGCCACUGGGUUUUAAUUAAACAGUUAACUUUGUUACAACAUCUUCAACUUUGGUAUAUUUUGACCUAAUAAUAUAUUAGUGUACAGGUGAAUAUCUGAAUUAGCCACUGCUGUUUGGUGUGUUCUGGUAUCUUUACUGAUGACUGCAAACAUAUCAUUUUUUAUUGACUAACUGAUAGAGGCCUUAAAAUCAGCUUCCAUCUGUUCAUAUUUUGUACAGAUGAUGGUUAUCCCUUUAAAACCAGAGCAAAUUGGCUUGUUUUCUUAAAAAAAACAACAAAACAAAAUCAGAAAAAAUGGGAGGAAGGGAAUGAGCAAUGCAGAAGAAGUGUCCCAAAAAUUUGCAAGAAAUCAUGAAAAAGUACAAGAAAAUAACCUGAAAAUUAGUAAAA